CAGUUAUGUCCACCUUAACGUUCGUGGGGAUCUCCUGUCCUCUCAAAAACGAUUGUUAUUCGAAUAAAGGAGGAUCUUACGAUCAAGACUUCUUUCUUAUUAAACUCUCGCAUUCCUCUUCUUGUAUUAUUCGCAAGAAACUGUAUACGUAUACAUAUUCCGUAUGUACAUGCGGAAAACAAAAUGCAAGCAGAUUAGGAACGAGUGCGGUUAACAAGUUUAUCGGCAAUGUGCAGUAAUCGUUACGAAGUGUUGUUAUCAGGUUAUGCAGGACGCAUGCGAUUCAAUAACGCAUUGAAAUGUCGUUGAAACGUGACAUCGGUUUCCCUUUAAUUCACGUGAUUAUACAUAUACACGAUAACGUGAAAGGUUUGCAGCCGUUAGAUAAGGACUCGACUCGAACUACGCAAAUAUUUCAUUUGUUUUAACGAGUUAUCAGCAUCAGAUCAGUGUACAAUCAAAUUGUUGAAAAAAUUUUUCCGGUGAUUCAAGUACACCGGAAUAUAACUUCAUCCUAGAUAGAGAGACUUAUAAAGUAGACAAAAGGCAAAGUAUGGCAAAAGGCAUUGCGCCGUAGAAGAAUGCAGAGCGCAGAGAUGGACGGUAACAGGAAUCAGGAAUCCUUCCCAUUCCGUAAUCUUACAGAAUUGUACAAAGGUCUGGAAAAUUUGAUAACAUGGCCAAAAACGACACCUUUAAGAGAGUCGACUGAAUACGUUCAUCGAGGGCUCGAGGUACAUUACUCUGGAUCGAGAUUAACCAAAGUUGGAAAAGAUAAAGUGCCAAGGACGUUGCUUUGUCACGAUAUGAAAGGUGGUUACCUCGAAGAUAGAUUUAUAAACGGUUCCAAUUCAAACGAGGAGUAUCUAUUUUAUCACUGGAGCAUCAUAGAUACGUUCGUUUAUUUCAGUCAUUAUUUCGUAACCAUUCCACCUUAUGGAUGGAUCAAUGCAGCUCAUAGCCACGGGGUAAAAGUGUUGGGUACGGUGAUUACGGAACACGCCGACGGCGAAGUUAUUUGGAACCUGAUUUUGCAGUCUGAAGAAACCGUAAGACGUUUUGCCAAUGCCCUCGUUCAAAUAGCAAAAUUUUAUAAAUUCGACGGUUGGCUGCUCAAUGUUGAAAAUAGUAUUAAACCGGAAGGGAUUAAUAAUCUCGUCUACUUUGUUAAAUAUUUGAGCGAUCAUAUUCACAAGGAAAUUAUUGGCUCUGAAAUAAUAUGGUACGACAGUGUAAUAAACACGGGAGAAUUGAAGUGGCAGAAUGAGCUUAACGAGAAAAAUAAGGACUUCUUUUUAGGUUGCGAUGGAAUAUUUUUAAAUUACAAUUGGUCAGACUCGGAAUUAAUCAAUAGUUGUAUUCUCGCGAUAGAUCUCAAACGAGACGUAAAGGACGUUUAUGUGGGCUUGGACGUUUGGGGCAGAGGAUGUCCUGGUGGUGGCGGUUACAAUUCUGCUCAUGCACUCGAAAGGAUACGUAAACGGAAUCUAUCGGUUGCCAUUUUUGCUCCAGGUUGGACGCAUGAAUAUUUUGGACCCAAAACGUUCGGACAAUUGGAGGACAUGUUUUGGGCCCAACUUUUUCCUUUUUUAUACGUUCAUAUUCCGAUCUAUGACAAUGAAAGAUUUAACACGUCCUUUUGUCGUGGCAGUGGCUCAGUCUAUUAUCGUCGUGGUGUAACGCAAUCCGAAGUAUUCGACGAGAAGCCGUUCUAUAACUUGUCCAUGCAAAAAGUGCAAAUUUCGGUGCCCGUGCCACUUUUGAAAAUUUUGGGCUACACAGAAGAAAAGCCUAUCGAUGACAAUAAAAGCUCUUCGAAGAAAGAAGCUCUUUACGUUUACGAAACCGAAAAGUGUUACGUUCGGUUCUUAGGCAAUGUCGUGAGUUUUCAACCAAAAUUAUUACCUACGAACGUGAAUUAUUUCGAAUUUUCCAAUGUAUAUUCGUACGAGGGCGGAGGCUGUCUUAAACUGAUAACAAAGAAUCCCGACGAAUAUCAUAGAUUAUUCUUAAUAUACGUCGAGUUUGAUCGAAAUAUUCAAGGAUCCGUCGUUUACAAAGCAGAAGAAAUUAGCUCGGGAAUUAGUUCGAUAAUCGACGAACCUAUUUUGUUAUUGGCCAAUGAUUCGGGCUUGAAGAUCAUCCUGCCGUACGAGACAUUCGAGUUGAACGCAGGUUGGAGAAAGUGCGUCUACCUGACCGACAUGAAGACCGUGAACGAAAUCGGAAUAAAGUUCUCCAAAGAGAGUAGUUGUUAUUUGGGGGAGAUCGUUUUGGAAGGGAAGCAUCGUCGAUACGAUCGUUGCGAGUCAGCGGACUGUGCCAACCGGAUCAGCGACUACACCGUGUCUAUUGACCUUUCCCGAGGAAGCCAGAAACAUAAGAAGGAGUAAUAUAACAUUGAUAUAAGAAUAAGAUCGGGG